AUGCGCUCAACGACAUGGCCUCUCUUCGCAGUUGGCGUAUUCGCGCCUCUGGCUGCAGCCAGCGUCGAGAUCGAAUGGACCUCAGAUGAUUCGAUAAAACAAGGAGCUUCAACAAUUGCCUACGGAAUGCUGCAAUGGUACAGUGGUAACAACACCGGUGACGUUCCGGGCAACUUGCCGGACCCGUACUACUGGUGGGAAGCAGGAGCAAUGUUCGGGACACUGAUCGAUUACUGGGCCUACACGGGCGAUGACUCGUACGUGGACGAGACGUACCAGGCGAUGCAGCACCAAAUGGGAGACGACGGUGACUUUAUGCCCGAGAACCAAACCCUCACCGAGGGAAACGAUGACCAGGGUUUCUGGGCCAUGGCGGCCAUGACAGCAGCCGAGACGAACUUCAAGAACCCAAACUCGACCGAGGAUGGGGGAAUCGCGUGGUUAGCAGCCGCACAGGCCGUCUUCAACGAAUACGUCUGGCGGUGGGAAGCAUCGGAUAACAUGUGCGGCGGCGGGCUCCGGUGGCAGAUUUUCACAUUCAACACCGGUUAUACCUACAAGAACACCAUCUCCAACGGGUGCUUCUUCAACAUCGCCGCGAGACUGGCCCUCUACACUGGGAACGAGUCAUAUGCCGAUUGGGCAAAUACGGUGUAUGACUGGAUGGAUGAUGUGGGGUUCAUCGACGGCGACUUCAACGUCUACGACGGUGCUGACAGCCAGGACGGCAAAUGCGCAAAUCCCGACAAGGCCCAGUGGACAUACAAUGCCGGAAUCUUUAUGUACGGGGCUGCAGCCAUGUACAACCACACCGGCGGCAGUGAUAUCUGGGCAAACCGCGUCAACGGGCUGAUCAAGCGGACCUCGCAAUACUUCUUCAAAAACGACAUAAUAGAGGAGCCGCCGUGUGAGCCCCAGGAUAGUUGCAAGACGGACAACUACUCGUUCAAGGGAUACGCGCUCAAGUGGAUGGCCAAGACCAUACAGCUGAUGCCAUCGACAUACGACACCCUCAAGCCGCUCAUCCUGGCCUCGGGGAAGGCUGCUGCAUCCAGCUGCACUGGUACCGCGCAGGGCAGCGCAGGCGGCGUGCUGAACGGCAUCGCAUGCGGGUUCAAAUGGACGGGAAGCACGAACGAUGGAACCAGCGGCGUGGGACAACAGAUGAGCGCCCUGCAGGCGGUAUUGUUCACGCUGGAUGGCCCCGCUCCUCUGAGUGCCACUACUGGGGGAACUUCGAGCGGCGACUCGAGUGGCGGAAGUCAAAAGACAGACAAGAGCAUAGACCCCACGAAACCUAUCACGAUUGGUGAUCGUGCAGGUGCCGGGAUAUUGACAGCCAUGGCGCUGGCCGGUCUGUUUGGAGGGUGCGGGUGGAUGAUGGUGGACUAG